CUGUGCACCCCCUCAACCAAUCCUGGGUACGCGCCUUUUAGUCGCUGUGAUAUGUACGUGUACAGUAACGCAGUUUCUACUGUUAAUCCACCCAGGUCCGCUGUCAAUCAAGAUCGCAAUGCGGGCCACACCAGGACUGCAACAAGAUGCUGGGACUCUGCUUGAAACAAGCAAAUGUUCCCCUCAAAGCAGCAGCGGCCCCUCGCGCCCAGUCGCGUCAGUGCCCGUGCGGACCGGGCGAGUACUGCCACGAGAAAUUCAACAUGUGCUUACCAACUCCCAUUCUACCUGUUGUGACUACAAGGGCCUCCUCCCUUGUCAGUUGCAAGUCGGACGACGAUUGCUCUGGGAAUAAAUACUGCCAUAAAAUUUGGAAUUUCUGUCUGGAGAUUCCGCAAAUCCCUACCAGCGUGACCAGAAAGACUUCUCACAGACAGUGCACCAGCGACGCAAACUGCACGAGCGCCGAGUACUGCCAUGACUUCUUCGGUUGCGUCCAGUCGCGAGGGUUCUACUGCCAGCUGGACCAGGACUGCCAAUCCGGACAGUACUGUCACAAUAUGACACGUGUUUGUCUGCGCACGCUCGGUAACAGCACUCAUAAUGGUGACCGCAGACUAUGUGUGGCUCAUGAUGACUGUAAGUUUACAGAGUUCUGUGGGCUCCUGUUCGACCCAAGGCAGGCUUCUGUGGUGGUGCGACUGAGGCGGAAGUGUAGCGGGUCGUCCAACUGUGCGCGUCGGUCUGGUGUGUGCGUACCGCACAUGAGCUGUGACGCAGGGAGUUGUCCCGCUAACAUGUUCUGUGUCUCUACCGUCAACAUUUGCAUGGAGCUCAAGCAGCAAGGCCACGCAUGCGUACUGCAGGCGGACUCCAGCCCAAAGUUCGUAAGUCCAUGUGCAUCAGGUCUCGUGUGUCGCGCGGUUACAAAGCGCAGAAAGAGGAAAAAUCACACAAGCCUGUUGGCCCAGAAACUUCGUAUUCCUGGAAUCAUCCUGAGAGCCCAGGCGACCCAAACAUGGCUCAAGACUCCCAUAAGACUGGGACGCUGCCAUGCGGGCUAACAUGGAGUACUAACGUCCGCUAGAAUGACGACUUAGCAACAACAAUCCUCUUCGAGAUGCUAAAGACAAUAAUUAAGAUUUAUAAGACGAAGCUUUUAUAGAGUAGAUAAACGAGGUGUACGCUGAUUGCUGAUCUGUGUGCAAGAAACAGUGUGAAAGUACAGUAUUAUCAGGUUUUUGAUAAUCAGUUUUUUAUAGAUAAUUUCUCAUGAACAAAUAGAAUAUGAAAAUGUUAAAGCACAGGGCCGCCGUUACAGGCCUCGGAGUACUGGGGGUGGGGCACUAAAAAGAGACUUUAAACAAGAACGCACACUAUAAAAUGGACUUGCCUUGAGCAAGCUUUCAUUUGUCAUUUGACUUGACUCAUUGCAGAACUCUGUAGAGUUUUCUCAGAUAGCUAUAAAAGAGUUUAGGUUUUGAAGUGAUAAAUUUUGAAAAUCGUUGUUGCUUUGCAAAUGUGUUGUUGUAGAAGUAGAUGUUGUCCGUGCCCAUUGCCCAUUCUUAACUCUUUAAAGAUAUCGUAAUCAAUCGUACGGAUGUACUUUUUGCUUUGUCUUUCUCUGGCAGUUACAAAGGUGCGCACUCAACAAUGUCUAGUUGUAAGUGACUGCGAAAACGGGUACAAACCUAUUAGCGCGAGUUCGUGUUUGAGAAAACUGGGGCACAAUCACGCUCCUUUUGGUCAUUUUCUUAUAAUUGUAGAGCGCGGAAAAACGGCGGGAGCACGCCUUUGGCCCCUAUAGACGGUACUGCCCUGAAGCAACACGUGGUAUAGCUCGUGUAUUCAUACAAUUGUAUUGUUAGAGAUGCAAUGAUAUUAUAAUCUUCUGUUUAGCUUUAUUAGUACUAUGUACUUUAUUAGUAGAAUGUAAUCGUAAGGGCAUGCUGAGUUACCCAAAUAAGAAGAAUUUAAUUAGCAAUUCACAGGUAUGUUUACAUGAAAGUUAGUGUUUCGUUGCACACAAAAUAGACAAAGAACUGGUAUUGCUUAGGAGAGCUAUUUUAGAAAGUUCAAUGUGUGUGUAACUUUAGUACUCUCUCGUUAUCAAAUGGCCACAGGCUAUGCUAUGAUGAACUUCUAUUAAAUUGGCUUCCCUUGAAAUAGAA